GAGGUAUAUCACUCUCAAAUCAUGGAUUUGCUUCAAAAUGCCGGAAGUAUGCCACUAGGCCAACUGGCACGUGAUCCUCUAUCAUGUUGCCUGUAAAACUCUUCAUCAUGCCGAUUUGUGAUAAUUUCGUUGUGCAGAUAAACCUUAGUUGUGUUGAUCGUAUAUUCAAAUUUUCUAUGUCUCUCUUCUAAACUUUUGCUUGCAUCCCGCAAAUAAGAUACUGCAAAAUUAUACAAUUAGUCUAAACACUCCAAUUCUCUGAACUUCCACUCCGAAGACAUUUUAUUCUGAAAACAAAUUCUAUCUUGAAAGUGGAACCAACGUUGGAAAACGAAAUCCUCUCUACAUAAACAUUGAUGAGUUGUAUUACUUAUCCAGAGUAAAAUUGAUACCUUAAAAAAGGCGGUUUCACUCCUUUCUACUGAAAUUUAGUCGAAGAAGAAUCUAAGAUGGAGCGUCGGAAAUCUAUGGAUUUUGGCUUUCAAGAGCAACCUAUACCCAUUCCUAUACAAAUGUAUCUUUGGUCUCAAAUGCGGCCAUUCACUCGAGCGAAGCUUGGCAAAGUUCAUGAGGCUUCAUGCAUGUUCUGUCAACACGCGCCCGGUCAUCAUGAGAUGAAAGAAGCUUGCACGUCGAUGGAGAAAGUGUUGGUCCAAAAUCUGCACAAUGAACUCACACCUUCUCUAAGAAAAAUGUUGGCUACCAUCCCAAGGUGGCGUUUGAUUCAAUCAGCUCUUCCUGUUGUUCUUCAUGCCACUGCAAACGUCUUGAACAGCAAAAAAGACUUACAGAAUCUGGGUGCAAUGGAAACGACACUGCUAUACAUUUUACAUUGGAUUUUGCUAGAUUCUGCAGAAGAAUGUGCUGACUCCGAUGCUGAUAUCAAUAAUCCGUUUUUCUAUCUUUUUCCGAUUCCAACGAUGACGGUUUUUGUUUAUCUUUUUGCACCGCUGUGCAAUCAUCUAAAGGACGUAGAUUUCAAGUCAAAUCUUCGACUCGAAAAUGGUUUGAAAAUAUGGAAUCCCUUGUAUGAAUGUCGACAUCCAGAAGCGCCUUGUUUUACAGCACAUGUUCGUCCAAAACCAAGAGCCCUUUGGAGCAGAUCAACACGAACAGUAAAAAAACCACCGGUUCAGGAUGACGUAUUUUUUGGAAGAAACGCUGAUAGCCCACUGAGUCACACAGCAAGUAUAUCUGACUCAAGUAUGGCACCUUCAUUGAAGCAUCAGGAUGAUGAUGGUUCGUGGGUUUCAUCGCCAAAGGAUACAGUAUUUCCUGAAACCAUACCAGAAGAAAGUUCUAGUACAGAAGAUGAGCAUGUUGUUAUAUUUCGAUUACCAUCCCUAAGUGAAUCAGAUAGAAUGAUGGAUGGAGUAAAGGAGGUUUCUACCAUUUUCGCAGGCGAUGCAAGUAUUUUUCAUGUUGCAAUGGGAAGAUCGAGCAACUCUCAAAAAUCGACUUUGACCAUAGAACAAGUCACUGCUAUUUCCGGUUUAGACACUUGUCAACAGUUUCAAGGAAAAUCGAAUAAAAGUAAAGAUGAAAAAGGAGACAGAGAUUUUCAUUAUGAAGAAUCGAAAGAGAAAAUUUCAUUAGGUCAAAGAAUUUCCAGCGACGGAAGUGGAACUCGAGUGUCAGCAAUUGAUGCUGAUGUACGUGCAGCAACUUUUCUGGAUGUUUCUGUUUUAAGAUGUCUUUUCGUUGCCCAGUGGCAAGAAGAAGGAAUAUUUUGGGCUCUUCAAUAUUUAUACAACAGGUUGAAGAGUAUAAGUGUAGAAAGUUCAGUUCAACAAAUGCCUAGACGUCGCAGUAAUUCUCUUCCAAUUCCAAAAAUGGAGGUUUCCAUUUACCAAAGUCCAGAGAACAAGAAAAAGGAAGAUGAAAAGGAAUUUAUAGAUAUUCCUGAUACUAAAGAUACCACAGCUGCUGCUGAUGGCAGUCAUCCUAGGAGAGCCAAUGAAAAAACGAAGAAAAGGAUGCAUUUAGCCGAUUUAAAAGCUUUUGUGGAAACAAAACUUCUCUCAAAAUCUGAAAAGGCUCUUGAAAAAAUUGGCCAGGAAGAGCCAAAAUCUUUUUAUGAACAAGAAUGUCAUAGGAGUCUCGACACAGGAGAUGAUCAUUUGACAAGGCCGAGUUCCACCUAUUCUAAAAUUUUUGAUGCUAAAGAUAUCGAUCAUAUAGAAUAUCCAACAAAUUUAAUCAAAGGAAAAAGUAUGCCAAGUCUAAGCUGCUUGAUUAACGAGCUGACCGCGGGAGGGUACCUAGGAGACACCAAGGUUGAAAGAAAACAAAGUAAUGUCUACAGUAAAUCUCAUGGUACUAAAAAUCCUAUAAUUACUGUUACGGAGCACACGCCUACUCCUUCCCCGGAUUACAUGAGAAGACAUGGUUCAAUUGAUAGUCAAUUAGAUGCAAUUGGUAUUCACGGACCACGUUUAGGUUGUGAUAGGAAACCGAGCCUUACAAGGUCCCAAACCGACUCUAAUAUUACCUACACGGGGGAUGAAAUGCCAGAAGCUCCUGGAUCUGCAAAAUUUAUAACUAGAGAUGGUGAUAUUGAUUUCCAAAUAGUUCUGAGGGCUGUGCACAAUGUUGCACUUCGUGAAAAUACUUACUGUACUCUUAGAGUUUGUGAAAUGAUUCUUAAUUUGGUUGUCAUUCUAAUUGAAGUGGGUGUGCUAAAUCAGUGCCUUCGUGAAGAAACCAUGGAAUAUUUUAAUGGUGAUAAGUAUGAUACAGAAAGUAAAAAACAAGAUUCGACACUGAACGAACCUGGACCUGGAAAUCCCGAGGAUACAGAAAAAAUCCGCAGGUCCUCUGAUCAUAAUGUCCUGAUGAAUUGUGUUAUUAGGGUGAUAAAGCAUCUCGGAUGUCCCAAUGGUUGUUCUGAUGGAAUUCGAGGACCUCAAGCUGAUCUUUGUCGCUCGCAAUCUCAGUCAAUUCUCAGUAGACUUCACAAAGCUAGUCCUAAAUUAUUUUCAAAAUUAUUACGCACAUUAAUUCGCGAUUUGCCAAUUAAUGAGAUUUUAGACUUUUUUCACUCUUACGUUGGAUUUUGUCUGGAGCAGGGUUCCCUCUUAUCUCCACUCAACCAAAAAAGAGGAUCUAGUAAAUCCCCGGACACGGUUCCUCAAGGAAGUUAUGCCACAAAUUUCGGAGCUGGACCAGUCAGUGGUGCAUCUGGACAAGGAGGAUCUCCAUCAGGAGUUUCAGCUUCGGCAGCACCUGGAACUUCUACAACUGCACCUCCAACCUGGACCCCAGCUGGAACUGGAGCCACACCAUAUAGUAGUUUAGGUGCACCAGCACAUGGUCUCCGAAGCAUAGAGGGUCAAAUCAUGGCAUAUAUUUUUAAACCCUUUGUCACCCUUUGUGUGAAAAAUUUGAAAAAAUUAAAGUCCCAGGAUAAUAUUGCUCUUUACUGUGAUUUGAGGCAAUUUUUGACUUAUGUUAAAGAAGCACAUGGUGGUGUUUUUCGUAGAGUUGUUCUCAGUGGAAUUCUGGAUUCGUCUGAUCGACCUAAUAAGCGUUGUAACAGCUACAUGCAAACCACGAGGGUUAUUAGGCACAUACAUCAAUCUGAUUUUGAGGAAAGUGCAGAUGGAGGUGAACCAGUUUAUUCAGUAGAUGACAGAGGCACGCGCAAGUUUCUUUUCAAAAAAAGAAGCACUUCUUCGACUUGCGCGGUAAAUAUGAGUCGCAAUUACAGAGGAGAGUUGCUGAGUUUAGUCGAAACUGAGGGCAGUGAAGAAAAUCCAAAAACAAGUCAAAGUCCUUUGGGAAAUUUAAGGAAGAAACACCAUAUUCUUACCCCUAGACAAAGCGAAAGAAAUUUAGAAUUAGGAGAGCCUUUUUCUGGGAGUAAACCGAGAAAAACCGCAAGACAAAAAAUUGGCGGAUUAGUAAAUUGGUUUAGAAAAGAAUACGGACGAACGGAUUCAACUGAUAGUCACGAUAGCAGUGAAUCACCAACUGAAAGUAGUUUUGUAAAACAACCUAGUUUAAGACGUCGAAGUCGACAUCAUGGCGCGUCAAGAACAACUCGGGGUGUUAGUCAUACUUUACAAAAAGCAAAACGUCGAAUGGAAAACCAAUUGAGUAAAAUUGGUUUGGUCAAGGGCAAAAAAAAGGAAAGCAUGGAAGAAACGCCUGGAAGUUACUUUAGUCGCAAAAAUUCCCUUGAAACUGGAGAAGCUUCAAGAGAAACUGAAUUUGUAAUUUUAAAAGAAAGAAGAUUGGUACCACGAGGAGCGAUUUUUGAUGGAAUGUUAAGAUUCUCAUUUCUGCUGGAAACAUGUCAACCUGGUUCGGUCCCUGAUAAUCAUUUGAUGGCUGCUCUACUUGAUUUACCUUAUGCACCAGUAGUUUCUCGCGCAGCAAUGCUUUUGGAAUGUGCACAUUUUGUCCAUCAGUGCAACAAGGGACACUGGCCUGCAUGGAUGAAACUUAAUUUUCCCAUGUUUCGUCCUUCAAUGCCUUUAAAUAAUCGAUCUGCACCUUCCGGUCUUCGACGAACUCACAUCUUGCAAAGAUCGGCUGGAAAAUUAUUUUACCAGUGGGCUGAGGCAAUUGGAGCUAGAUUAGAGGAGUUUCUACUGGAAGAUAAAACAGUCAUGGAGAACGCUUCAGCAGUUGCAGCUGAUGAGACUAAACACCGAGAUUUGAUUAUUGAAGACGAGGAAGAAGAUUUUCUCGACGAUGCAAGCAUAAACACUUAUGGUUCAUCAUGUCCAAUCGCAUUAAGAAUGGUUGCUUGUAUGUUAUUACUGGAAAUAACAGCUUUUCUCCGAGAAACCUAUCAAACUUUACCAAAAUCUAGUAGGAUUUCAACAAAAGAACGACCUCCCCCUUGGGAAAAAAUUUACAGUCGAGAAGCAAAUCGUCGGUGGAGUAUGGCCUUAUCUUCAAUGGGUCAUUCGCAAACCUCUGCACAAAGUCUUCAGUCAAUUGCUGGAGAUAGAGAAAAUGAGCGAAAAAUUAGUUUUGUUUUACACGAGCCUGAUAACGAAUCAGAAGGCAGUAGUAAAUCGAACGUGACAAUACAAGGAGAAGAAAUUCAGAAUAAUGAAAAAGAAAAAAAUAAACGAAUGCAAGCCCCUCAAGGAAGACCGUUUCUCUUACGCCGAGGCACAACUGGAAAUGCGACCUCAGGUUCUUUUAAAAGAAGGAGCCUCAAGUUACGAAGGAAUACAAAAGAGGGAAAAGAUACAGAAUGCGAGGCUUACAUUGUAAGAAGAGCAGAUUCAAUCCAAUCUAAAAGAAAAGUAAGCUCCCUCUCAGAUCGAAGUGAUACCUCAGAACCAGGACUAUGUGGUGAAGUAAGUGGGGAAGAGUCUCCAGGAAUUUUGAGCGAUGAUCAGCCUCCAGAAAGUCCAAGUGAUAGCAAUGAUACUGGCGAAACGAAUAAAAAUUUUCCUUGGAUGAGAGUAAUGGUACAAACCAUGAAUUUCUUCAAUUUUUAUUGCUCUCAUCAGUUAUUCUGCCAUCCAUUUUGCCAUCGAAGACAAAUGAGAGCAGGCAGCCGAUUAAUUAGAUCAGUGAGAAAAAUCUAUGGUGAAAAAUUCGGAGUUCUGAAUGGUUCUGAUAUGUUCGAUAUGGAUACAGAAAAAAAAGAAACUGUCAAGAAGGAAAAACGAAAUCGCAAAGUCUCUGAUCAAACCAGUGGUCAAAUUUCACCUAAGAGGAAAGAUAGCGUUGGUCGGAAAAAUAAAAUUGAUAAGAAUCCAGAAGGAUCUCAAUCAGGACGACUAAUUGGAGGAAACAGAGACUCGUCAAAAGAUUUGGCUGAUCAAGAUUCAGAGAAAGGUGCUGAAGCAUCGAAAAUAAUUGGGCCAGAAGAGGAAGAGAGUGAGACAAAUAAAGAGCCUUCGGCCAUUUUAAAAUAUAUACAAAACCAAGUAAAAGACGUUUUUCAUGCGCCCCUGGCAACUUUAGUAAAAGGUGCUGUUGUAAUGUCCGACGACCUUUUUGUUGAUGUCCUUCCAGUUGCCUGGGAACUUUUAUUAGAGUCAAAUCAAGAAGUUUGUGCUUCAGCAGCUUCACUUUUUAUAGUGGCUGCUGUUCGAGCCCCUAAUCAAGCAAGUGAAUUAAUGCAUCAGGGACUUCAGCAUACUAGUACGGCAAUUCGAAUUAAUGCAAUUUUAAGGUUUCAAGUCUUGUGGAAAUUAAGAUAUCAAGUUUGGCCACGUAUGGAAGAAAAUGCUCAUGUGACAUUUAAGGUCCCUCCACCAGGAAUUGAAUUUACGCUUCCAUCGCCUAAAAUUGGUAUUGAAUCUUUACCUGUUGUUGACCCACCUUGGAUGCCUCAGGUGAAGACUAAAGUUGAGGAAGUUACUAUCAGUCAGGAACGUCACAGAUCACUUGUAACUGCAACAAAGACAAGGAAAAAACAGCAAACUGAACUAAUAAAAAGAGCUUUACAAGCUCAGGAUGAUAAAAAAAGGGAAGAAAGGGAAAAUUUUCUUCUAACAACAAUACCUAUUACUGUCCAAGCUGCUUAUGAACCUAGCCCAGUUGGAGAUGACCAUGACGAAGGAAAUGUUGAUGAGGAUGGUGGAGACUUGGUACCCAGGAAUUUAUCCCAUCAUGGUCAAUCAGCUCUUUCCCUUUUUCCCUCUUCUUUAUGCUCUGCUAUUGUUCAAAUUAUUGCUCUUUUGGAUGAUGCUGCUGUCUCAGAUGAUGGAAAUGCUGUUUACGAAGUUGCUUAUCACGUCAUUUGGAAUUGUCUAGUGGAAGACAGUGCACUGUUCCUCAGGUAUAUCCUAGAACGAUUAACCAGAGACAAACAAGAACAAAUGUUCAAAGUAUUAAGACACCUGAUCAGAUUCAUACCAAAGCUUCCUCAGCAAGCGGCAUUUGCUCUCUAUAAUUAUAUUAUUGGUUACAUUAUGUUUUACGUUCGUUCUCCACACGAGGAAGGACAAAAACUAAUUGGUACUGCACUAUCUAUAUUGUGGAUGGUGGUACACAGUGUUCAUGGGAUAAUGUUCAAGGACCUAAAACAGAUUCUCAGAAAAGAACAAUGUGACGCUUCCAUUCUUCUAACAGCUAAUGUACCGUCAGCAAAAAAAAUAAUUGUCCAUGGUCCUCAAGAUCCUGAUGCUGGUGGAAUUCCUUCCCAAUUUCCUGUACAGGAAGAUACCCAAUUUUUCCAGAUUCUUCGAGAGUCUCUAGAUUUCUUUGGAAUUGAUGAACCUAAGCAUAAGGAAUAUUUUCUUGUUGACUACAAAACACAUCAAAUACACAAUCCUUCAUCAUAUGUUCGUGACUACUACUUCUUCAAAAGAUCACAAUAUCCCCAACUCGAAUUAGUACAUAUGAAACCAGAAGAUGCUUUCAAUGCCCUCCAACGUCAAGAAUUAUUGCACAAAUUUGUUGAAAUUGGAAAAGUCAUGCUGACUUGGGCAAUUUUAAAAAACGUGGAUAUGGUUGUUCAGAGGGUUGUUUUCUUGCAUGAAGAACUUAUGAAACUACCAUCCUUUCCCAGAAAAGCGUUAGAGGCUGACCUUGAUCUUUACAAGGGGGGAGAAAUGGGAAGGGAACUUCUAGGGUUGGAUGUGAUGCAUAAAUUUAUGUGGGUGAGAUUGAUUGCUCGAAUGUUCGAAGCCAUGGCAGGAAAUUUCGCAUACUCCGGAGAUAUACAUUUAUUUUUAAAUGUCUUGAAUGGGGCGAUAAUACUUCAUAGUGAAGAUUCCUGCAUUUUACGAUACGUAGUUGCAACUUAUAUAAAUGCUGCUACGAAUUUUAAAAAUAUUUUUUCUGUUAAUGGAUACCUUUUGAUCAUGCCAACCUUGUUACAACUAUACUCAACUCAUCAGACAAAUAAACUCGUUACAACAACAGUAGAACAUGCUGUAAAACAAUUUUAUCUUUUGAAUAGAAAGCCUUUCAUUCUACAGAUGUUUGGAAGUGUUUCGACAAUUUUGGAUACUGAUGAGACCAGCACUGUUGGUGAUGCCCACAAGGUGCCUUCAACAUGUCUCUUCAAUUUACUUCUCAGUCUCGAAGAUCCUUCACCAGAUCCCUUGAAUAUUGGAGAACUCGUAAAAGAAGAAAAACCUCUGAAAGCAAUUGACUUUUGUUACCACGAUGAAGAUGAAAAUGUAACUGUUCUAGAUUGCAUUUCCCUUUGUGUCAUGGUCAUUGCAUAUGCAGCAGAUUCAAUCAGAGGACAACAAAUGCUGACAAUUCUAGAGGCUAUUCUGCCUUGCUAUGUUCAAAAAAUUCAACAACCUACUUACAAUAGAGAAGGAAAAACCGAAAAAGAAAUUAUAAAUCAGUUGGCAAUUGCUGUUAGGACUCUAGUGAACAACUCUGAGACUUUAACAAAAUACUACAACAGGCCUCAAAAAUCGAGUCCAGAACACAAAGGAUCUAGUCAAAAAAAUUAUGGAAAAGGGCCUUAUUCUCCGGGUUUUGAUUUCGACGAUGAAGCUCAUGUCAAAUAUAUGGAACAUCCUAAAAAUCGAACAUUUUAUGACAGAGAUAAUGACGAUACUGACAGUUCUCAUAAAAAUGAAUUUAGAAGACCAAGGGAUACUUUAUUAAAUAUGGUAGGAGAUUUUGUAGCUCGUUGCUCUGUUCGUCUUGUUGAGAUAAAUAAAAAAUCGCAGGAUGGAAAAAUGAUCGAGAUCUUGGAUUCAAAAUGUCACGUCCGACUCGCAGAUAUUGCUCACAGUCUUUUGAAGAUUUCUCCUUAUGAUCCAGAGACAAUGGCCUGUCGAGGGUUAAAAAGAUACAUGAAUGACAUUUUGCCAUCCACGGAAUGGGCAAAUGACGAUAUGAGACCAGCUUUGACUUUAAUUUUACGUCGACUGGAUAAAACAUUCAGCAAAAUCUAUAAAAAAGCGUCAAUAAGAAGAAAUACUGACUGGGAUGCAGCUAGUGAUUUGCUGAAAGGAAUCUACGAAACUCUUUUAAAGUUUCCAUAUAUUGCGCAUUUUCAAUAUUUAAAAACCCUUUUGGGCACCUGUCAGGCUAUUAUAAUUGGAGACACAACAGGAAUAGAAAUGACGUCCUCUGCUUCUGCUGCUUUAAUGUCAAAAAUACCCCCUCAGCAUUUUUGUUCGACUGUUUUGAGAUUAAUUGCCCUUCAUGUUAUUUCUCUGGGAGAAGGAUAUUCUUUAGAAAAUACAUGUGGUGGCCAUGGAAUGUUUUCUUCUCAUACGAGGACUGAAAAUGUUUUAUUAAACUUACUGAUACCCUUGUUUUUAAGAGUUGGGACUGGCAGGAAAGACGUACCAAAAUUAAGGCUAACAGAUAUCAGUUUUGCCUUAACAGCAGUUUUGAAUACUCUUUGGCCUGCAGGAGCAAAAACUUUGCUGAUAACCUCGCACCACAUGAAAGGUGCAGCAGACAUGAGAGCAGGAAGCUUGACUUUUGCUGCUCGUGAUGCUAAAUUUCCAACAAAAAUAUCAGUUAUUUUGUAUCAAAUUGCAUUUUUAGCACUAAAAAUAAUGACGAUCUGCUUCGAAAGAGAACUAACGACAGAAUGGCCAAAAAUAAUGCGAACGAUGAGACUACUGAACAAAAGAAACGAAGCAUCCCUAUACUUAUGGGACUUUUUGGAAUUUGUUGUCACUCAUCGAACACCACUUUACAUUCAAAUGUUACCAUUUAUCGUUCAGAAAAUUGGACAAGCUCCAAUAUCUGAACAUGAAAGAAAUAUGCAGACUUUAAUUCGUGAAAAAAUCAAUGGAGACUGGACUUGUUGUGUUCCCAAAUCUCGAGGUGCUUUACUCGCAGAUCUUAUUCACGAUUUAAAGACCCUGAAAGAAAAGAUAGAAGAUCGGAAGAUUGACGAAAUGCAACCAGAACCAAAGAGAAGUGUAGCGGAUAUGCAUGUCACAAACGAAGGAGCCUCUCGGACACAAAGGCCUUCUUUACUUAUCGACCUACUAACAGGAGACUUGGGAUCUAGAGCUCACAUAAAUCGUACUCCUGCAGAAACUCCAGUUUCUCAUUCAACCGGUUUUCAAACUGUCGGACAUUCGUCUCAUCAAUCGACCAAUUCCAGUAGCACCACCAAAACUACUAUACCUGAUCCAACUGCUUGCAAUGAAACAACGAAAAGAGGUUCAAUUUCAAGUACUAGUGCAGGAUCCACAACUCUUCGGGAUGGAAGUGACGUAGGUGCAUCUGCAGAAGGCCCGCUUGAUCAUGCACUUGGAACAGAUAGAACCAAACCAUCUUCUAUCUUUACUCGUCAUAAGGCGCCAAAACUGCGCUUUGUCUCUUCUGUAGAGUAUAGGCACUCAUCAGGGGAGACUGUGACGAGUCAGUUGAGCCCGAGCAGUCCGACCGAGGACAGCUCGAGCGAGUCGCGUCCAGACAAACCACGACUGCAGAGAUCAAUGGGUCAAAGCAAACGGACCUUUCGUCUAAGGAAGAGUCGAAGGGCUCAUGUUGAGGUCUCUAGAGAAUACAGUUUUCCUCCCCAUACUCAUCAUAGUCUGGACACAUCUUUUCAGCUACCCCAUGAUUUCCAAAUUUCACAGCCAAAAUCUGAACCAGGAAAAACACCAGUGGAACAAUCAUCAUCUCCAAGUACACCAAAAAUAUCAAUGACACCUACAACAGUGAUAGACUCAACAGCUAUUAACAUCCCUUCAGAAACGUCUUCAAUACGAUCAAGAAGAAGUUUUUCGAUGAGGCAAGGGGAAGGCGAGAGGACCAACGAUACACCGGAACAACAAAGUAGUCAACCACAGAGUUAUUACUCUCAUCAUCAUCAUCUUCGUCCUCAAUCUGAUAUGUCGUAUGAUGAAGACACUUCGAGUACGUCUGGUUAUAGGGAAUCUUACAGCAUGCAUAUUGUUUCACUGGACAAUAGUAAUGGGUGUCGUCAGGUUCAAGGACCACCAUUAGCAUCGCCAGAUUUAAACGAUAUGGCUUCUACAAGCAGUACAGUGACAAAUUACAUUGCAUAUGAUGGAAGCUCUCCUGAUUGUUCAAUGAAUAGUAGCGGUUGUGAAAAAACAGCUUUAUUAACUUCUAGCCAGAGAACAAAUUCUCAAAAUUCAUUGAUGAUGGUUUUCCAACCACAAGAUGAAGAUACGUUGAUCUAAUUAGACGUGUUUAAUAAGGAUUGUUGAAUUAAAAGAUGGAGUUUAUUUAUUCAUGAAGUUUAAGUUAAGUACUAAUCUACAGCAUAUAUGUAUGUGAACAAAGACAUUUUUCAGCCAUUCCCAUCGUAAUGACUGACAUGUAUAAAAAAGAAGUAGAAAUCAGUGACCAUUUGUUAGAUGUUCUAAUACUAUAGUCACCAGUCAUUGAUGCUAAUGGCUAUAGAAUUUUUUUAAAAAAGCAACGAAAAUUUUUAUCUAUUUUACGAAUUUAGUGUCAAGGAAAGAUUUUGUGAGCACUCUAAAUGCAGUUAUGAUAAGCGCCUAUAUGUAUGUUUAUACAACAAGGUAAUAUGAUGUGAUAAGAGUAUUUGUACCUAAAUGUUGAAAUGUUUCGAAUCUGUUGAUUAUUAAUAAAAGAA